AUGAGGACGAUUAUCGACCGUGAUGAUACCGGAUUAGAGGUACGGCCACCUGAUGUUGGGGGGCUAGAAGUCUCAACCAAAGCCCAAAUCGCGCAGGGAUUGGAAGCUUUUCGGGGUUAUGAUGGUUUGGAGGUGGUAAAUAAUGCACAGGCUGGCAUUGAUGGAAUCAAAACCGAAGGCUUUAUUAAAGAAACCGAACGAAAACCGCGGAGAAAGAAGUUGUGGCUCGUCCUAGCCGGCAUUGCUCUGCUGCUUGUGAUCGUGGGAGCCGUAUUGGGUGGCGUUCUUGGAUCACGACACAUUCACAAGGCUCCUACAGAAACACCAGGAGUUGCAACUGCUCCAGACGCUUCUGGCAAGCCUCCGCGUUCUUCAGAUCCGCCGCCCAAUGCCGUCUAUGCAACAUCAGGCAUUGGUGUCACGGGUUGGUGGACAGGGUCAUCAAGCUUCACCAUCCGCUUGAUCUACCAGGGACACGAUGGAGAUUUGCGUCUUAUGCAGUACCACUCUGGAGAUGGUAAAUGGUCAACACUGGCCAAUUUGACGGGCACAAAUGCCAAACUAGGCACCCCAAUUGCAGCAUCAUGCUUCAAUAUACCAUUCUUUUUCUUCACUCCGAUGACAAGCAGCAAUAAUUUUACGCAAGUCGAAAUAUUUUAUCUCAACGAAGCAAACGAGAUGCAAGAGUUCUAUUUCAGAGAGCAGGACUCGCCUUCGCCUUCAGCACGAACUUUUAACGGGAGCGGAAUCAUGUCCUCUAAGGGUUGGAAAGCAGCAGGUGAUACAAAGAUUGCAACAUACUGGCCCAGCGUCAUCUUUCAAGACAACAGUGACCAGAUACAGGAGGCUUACUAUGCCAAUCUGACAUGGGCACAGAGUGAAGUAGGCCUCAAAUGCCAGAAUAGGUCGGCCUUUGCAGAAGUGCCUUAUUCUGUAACGGCUGGAAGAUUCGGAGGUGAGAAGAUUAUCUUUCAACAGGACAAUCAGAAGCUACUUGUCGAGGAAAGAGAUAACUCGACUGACAAGCUAGAUGUUGCUGCCCCAUCCAUUACUAUCCCAGCCAACGCGGCCAUGGGAGCGUUCACCGUUCCUCGAGACCCUGAUACAGCUGACGGCACUAUGAAUACCUAUAUCCUCUGGCAAGAUAGUACAGGUGCUCUCCAGAUGACUUGGGAAGAUGAUGGCACUGGGUGGCGAACCUCAUCGAUGCCUGCCUCUCUUGGUAGUCCCGACAAAGGCACGGGCAUAUCUUGCCUCACACCAACUCUCUGGGCCGUGGCAUCUUUGUUGUCGGACUACGGCAUGGCUCGUUGCUAUUAUUUGGUAGAUGGGAACAUAAGAGAGGUUCAAUAUGAUGGCUCAAACUGGUCCGUGAUUGGAAAUGUGCAGAUAGAUUAA